AUGGAUCCGCCAGCGUAUGCUAGAGGACGAAUCAGCCAUAAAGUAUUACAGCAAAAGGCGCGACGAGAGUCGCUGGAAAAGCGAAAUGAAAUCCUUCGUCAACUUGCGGAAAGCAGCAGCCGGAAUGAAACAAUUCCAAAUCUUAACGAGAAAGUGACGAGCUGGCUGGUAAGGCAAAACGAAGUGGAUGCCUCGGGAGAAAAUGUACCUGAAUUAUAUGAAAGGGAGAAAGUUCCUUCGCUUCCAUCAAAGCGCGACGGUUCAAUAGGUAAUCCACUAGAACACGACGCUUCUGAGAUUGGAAAGCGGAGUCUCGAUUCACGUCAGGUCGAUUCAUUGCCGCUAGGACGAACAUCGCAUCGGAUCACUCGGUUUCCACCGUUAGUUAAUCCAACUUCGAUUCCCCGACAGAACGAUUCGGCAUCGGAAUGCAACAGCAGUUUCCGCUGGACGGCUGAGCAUAUAAAAUACUCAGAUCGAACCCCUCAACUUCCCCCUGUGAAAGGGCGUUGUAGGCAAAUCGGUGUUCUCACUCAGCAACAAAUCGCCGCGCGUCAAGUAUUGGGAAAAGAAUUGCCGAUUUUCAGCGGCAAUCCGGAGGACUGGCCCAUCUUCGUCAGUAGUUACGAGCAGUCGACGGCUAUGUGCGGAUAUUCGGAUGCAGAAAAUCUCAUCCGGUUACAGCGCUGUUUAAAGGGCAACGCAUUAGAGUCGGUGAAAAGCAGGCUUCUUCUGCCAUCAAGCGUGCAGCACGUCAUCGAGACACUGCGCACGUUAUUCGGUAGGCCUGAACUUCUGAUCCGGACUCUUCUAAACAAAAUUCAUCAAAUUCCAUCACCAAGGCCCGAUCGGCUGGACACGUUAAUGCAGUUUGGACUGGCAGUUCAAAACCUUGUAGAUCACUUGAAAGCAGCCGGUCAAACAAAUCACCUAUCGAAUCCAACACUAAUGCAGGAUUUGGCGGAAAAGCUUCCUGGAACCAUGCGGUUGAGUUGGGGUGAAUUCAAGGGAAGACAUCAGGUAGCAAAUUUGGAAACAUUCGGCAAAUUUAUGUCAGGACUCGUUAAUGCUGCCAGCGAGGUGACCUACGACCUUCCGAAUUUUGGAAACCAGGUUCGAAGCGAGAAGCGGAAAUCCAAAGAAACCAGCGUGAGCUAUACCCACUCAUCUGCGAUUGUGCCUUCUGAAAAUGCAGAUAGAACAGUAAGAAAUCAUCAUACAGGUAAAACAUGUUUCGCCUGUGGGCGUGAAGGUCAUCGUGUGGUCGAGUGUUCUCAAUUUAAAGCGGCCAGUGUGGAUGAACGUUGGAAGCUUGUUAAGCAAAAGAGUCUGUGUAGAACGUGUCUAAAUAGCCAUGGCAAGUGGCCUUGUCGAUCAUGGACCGGUUGCGAAAUUGAUGGGUGUCGUCAGAAACAUAAUACUCUCCUACAUUCUUCACUUCCUCCCGUUCGUAGUGUGAGUGUUUCUGCUAGUCAUGUCUCGUCUGGUGAGUUCAAUUGGCCACUGUUUAGAGUGGUACCUGUGAUUCUCUACGGGCGAAGCCGCUCUCGACUUGUUUUCGGAUUUAUAGAUGAAGGUUCAUCGUACACUCUACUAGAUCAAUCUAUCGCGCAGUUACUUGAUGUCUCCGGUUCAAAUGAACCGCUCACUCUACAGUGGACUGGUAACGUCAGUCGAGUUGAGUCCGAAUCUCAACGUGUACAACUAGAUAUCUCCGGUAAAACCGGAAACCAACGGUACCGUUUAAACAAUGUCCGGACUGUCCGUCGCUUGCUUCUCCCCUCUCAAACCCUCCGGUAUCAUGAUCUAGCGCGCCGUUUUCCUCAUUUACAAGGUCUACCAUUAGACGAUUAUGAGCUUGUCCAACCUCAGUUGCUAAUCGGUUUAGACAAUCUACGACUGUGUGUUCCGCUUAAACUUCGCGAAGGAGGCCCUAGAGAUCCUAUCGGUGCCAAAUGCCGUUUGGGUUGGAGCAUUUAUGGAUGUAUUCCCGGGCAGUCUAGUAGAACUGCAAUCGUUAACUUUCACCUCGGAACUGUUUCUGAUUCUGAUCGUGAAAUGAAUGAACAACUUCGAAACUAUUUCGCGCUGGAAAAUUUCGGUGUAACAGUGCCCAGUGCCAUCCUAGAAUCAUCAGACGAAAAACGAGCAAAGCAAAUCCUGAAAGAGACUACGCGACGUACACAAUCGGGAAUCGGCUUUGAAACGGGACUUCUGUGGAACACCGACAACCCGGAGUUUCCCGAUAGUUAUCUCAUGGCGGUCCGCCGCAUGGAAUCCCUGGAACGGAGACUUGAAAGAGAGCCAGUACUACGAGAGAAUGUGCGAAAGCAAAUUGCGGACUACGUGCAGAAGGGCUACGCACAUAAGGCGUCUAUAAUCGAGUUAACUUCUGUUGAUGUGUGUCGUACGUGGUACUUACCACUGGGUGUCGUGACUAAUCCGAACAAGCCCGGUAAGAUCCGAUUGAUCUGGGAUGCAGCGGCCAAGGUGGGCGGAAUAUCGUUUAAUUCGAAGCUCCUGAAAGGACCUGACCUACUGUCUCCUCUUCCACAAGUGUUGAGUCAAUUCCGUCAGUUCCCGGUAGCAGUGUGUGGAGACAUAAUGGAAAUGUUCCACCAGAUCAAGAUUCGCUUUCCUGAUUGUCAAUCACAACGUUUCCUGUUUCGAGAUCAUGCUACAGAUUGUCCUCAGAUCUACAUCAUGGAUGUUGCAACGUUUGGGGCCACAUGUUCGCCUGCCACGGCCCAGUUUGUGAAAAAUACGAACGCGCUUGAGUUCUCCCAGGAAUUCCCGCGAGCAGUAGCUGCUAUUCUGCACAACCACUACGUGGACGAUUACCUCGAUAGCUUCAGGACAGUAGAAGAAGCGAUAGAGGUGGUGAAUGAAGUCAAGCUUGUCCAUUCCCGAGGAGGUUUUACACUACGGCAUUUCUUAUCAAACGAUAUGGAUGUGUUGCGUGGUAUCGGCGAACUCACGUCAGAUGCGGUGAAGAAUUUGUUCCUGGAGAGAGACGAAACUUUGGAACCCGUUCUGGGAAUGAAAUGGUUGCCGAAGGAAGACGUUUUUGUAUACUCUAUUAACAUGCGGAGCGAUAUAAAACAAAUUCUCGACGAUGAACACAUUCCCACCAAGCGCGAAGUGCUUAGAGUGAUCAUGAGUUUAUUCGAUCCUCUCGGAUUUAUUGCGUUUUUCCUGGUUCAUGGAAAAAUAUUAAUGCAGGAUAUUUGGGCUAGAGGAAUCGAAUGGGACGAGCAAAUUACACCGGAUAUCUACGUUCGCUGGAGGCAAUGGACGAACCUGUUUCCGGAAGUCGGUGCUUUACGCAUUCCCCGAUGUUAUUUUCGUUCACCCUUUCCAAAAAACUUCGACAACCUAGAGAUUCACAUUUUUGUGGAUGCCAGCGAGAUGGCAUACUCGGGCGUGGCGUACUUUCGUGUAGAAGAAGCUAGACAAGUUCAAGUGGCAUUCGUCGGUGCCAAGACCAAAGUCGCACCUUUAAAAACUCUAUCCAUACCUAAGCUCGAGCUGAUGGCAGCUUCGCUUGGAACCCGAAUGUUGAACAUGAUCAAAUCCUACCACUCGUUUCCCAUCAUUCGUCAGUUUAUGUGGACUGAUUCAACGGUAACACUCGCUUGGAUCAAAUCAAAGGAUCAUCGCCGAUAUCAACAAUUUGUUGCUGUUCGCGUGGGUGAAAUAUUGAUGCCAACUGAGUCGAAGGAUUGGAGACACGUUUCUUCUAAGCUCAACUUAGCGGAUAUUGCUACAAAAUGGAAACAAGGACUACAACUCUCGAUGAACAAUCCGUGGUUUCGGGCUGAAGAAAUUCUGCAAAACCUUAAAGAUAUGUGGCCUGAAGAUAGUCCCAUCCCGGAAACACAAGAAGAAAUGCGUCCUAACUGCACAAACCUUGGACAUUUCGCUCCGAUCAUUGAUAUUUCUCGGUUCAGUUCGUGGACCAGACUCCAUCGUGCAAUAGCAUACGUUCUACGCUAUCUCGAUAAUCUACGACGUCGGAGCGAGGGACAACCUCUAAAACUUGGAUUGCUGGACCAGAAUGAGUUGCAAAGGGCUGAAUAUGCGCUUUGGCGGAUGGCGCAAAGCGAUGCCUUUCCGAACGAAAUUUCUACGUUGACUAAAUCCCAAGGUCCCCCAACAAACCGGCACCGCAUCGUCGCCAAGUCUAGUCCGAUUUUCAGAACGUGGCCGUUCUUAGACGAAAACAGUGUUUUACGUAUGCGUGGACGCAUAGGUGCUGCGCCAUUUGCGCCCUACGAGGCUAAGUUUCCCGCAAUUCUCCCUAACACACAUCUAAUCACAUUCCUCAUUGUAGACUGGUACCACCGCCGUUUUCGUCAUGCCAACCGUGAAGUCAUCGUAAAUGAAAUUCGGCAACGCUUCGAGAUUGGUAAACUCCGAUCGCUCGUUAUGAAAGUGGCCAAAAAAUGCACCUGGUGUCAUGUAAUGAAAGCAGUUCCCAGAUCACCAGCCAUGGCUCCGCUUCCAGAGAUGCGACUAUCAGCAUUCGUACGACCAUUUACAUACGUCGGCUUGGAUUAUUUUGGCCCUGUACUGGUCAAGGCCGGCAGAAACAACGUCAAGCGCUGGGUGGCACUCUUCACUUGCCUGACACUGAGAGCUGUCCAUAUGGAAGUUGUACAUUCUCUGAGCACCGUGUCCUGUAUUAUGGCAGUACGACGAUUCGUGUCACGCCGAGGACCACCACGUGAGAUAUGGACGGACAACGCGACUUGUUUUCACGGGGCGAGCAACGAACUUAUGUCGGAAAUUGAAGCCACUACACGCGCUCUUGCCCUUACUUUCACUAGCGCUCAAACAAGCUGGAAAUUUAUUCCACCGGCAUCCCCACACAUGGGUGGGGCGUGGGAGAGACUUGUACGCUCGGUGAAAGAAGCUGUCGGUACGAUCUGGGAGGCACCUCGUAAACCGGACGACGAAACGUUUGAAACCAUUCUUUACGAGGCGGAAGCCAUGAUAAACUCGAGACCACUAACAUACAUACCGUUAGAGUCGGCUGACCAAGAAGCGUUGACACCCAACCACUUUUUACUAGGCAGCUCCACCGGUGUCAAAAUGCUUCCUACUGAACCCGUAGAUUAUCGAGCGACCCUUCGCAACAGCUGGAAGUUGGCACAACAUAUCACGGACCAGUUCUGGGUGCGGUGGCUGAAGGAGUAUCUGCCGAUCAUCACGCGGAGAUGCAAAUGGUUCGAAGAAGUCAAAGACCUGGAAGUUGGCGAUCUGGUGUUGGUUGCUGGCGAAACGGCGAGGAACCAGUGGAUUCGGGGACGAAUAGCGGAAGUAAUCCUGGGACGGGAUGGUCGAGUUCGGCAGGCACUAGUAAGGACAUCGUCGGGAACCUUACGAAGACCAGCUACAAGAUUGGCUGUUUUGGAUGUCGUGAAGUGUCGUGAACCUGAUCCAGGUGUUCCAGCAGAUCCAGUUGUUCAUCAUGGUUCACGGGUGGGGGAAUGUUACGACUAG